AGUAGAACAAAAUUUUUAUGAAACCAAGAAAUUGAAAAUUUUUUCAAGUUUUGUUCGAUGAAUCGUGAUCGAUUCUAAUGAUUAUUUCAAUUAAAUCCGAUCAUUAUUUCGCGUAAUUGAAGUAAUUUGCAACGUGUUACUUCUCAGUACAUCAGUAUGGAAGAAGACAACGAUGAUCAAUGGUUAUACGGUGAAGAUUCAACCGCAGAAAGGCCUGCAGGAAAUGAUGAAUCGACUGAUAAACCAGAACCAGAUGUAUUCAGUGAAAAAGAACACGAAGCUUUUAUAAAUCCACCCGAAUCCGAAGAAGAAAGCGCCGUUGACUUAGAACCCCCUAUUAUAAAAGCACCCGGAGUGAGCAGUUUCGAUGAAGCAGCCGUUGUUCCCGGUGAGGAAGAGUUAAUGGUACCUUUGAAUCCUCCUAUAAUCAAUCCUCCCGAAAAAACACUCGAACCUGAACCACAAGAUGCGAACCAAAGUACAGCUGUGAAUGGCGAAGAAGCUACGGAAAAUGGUGAAAUUGUAGAGAAAGCUAACGACAGUAAAUUGAGCGAAGGAGAAGACGAAGACGACGACGAUGAUAAUAUCAACGUGGUUAUCGGUGAUAUUCGAACAACACCUACUAAUUAUAAUUCUUCAAAUUUACAUAUUAAAAGAGGAAAUUUACUCACGUUGACAAAAGUCUAUAACCGUUACAAGCCUAAUUAUUGUCAGCAACAGCAAUUUCAGCAAACUGGAAAAUUCGCUGUAGACGAUUUCGAAACAGUUGGAGUCAUCAACGGUGUACCAGCUCACGAAUUUAAUUUAGAUAAUCUAGAAGAUAAACCCUGGCGUAAACCAGGAGCUGAUAUUACCGAUUAUUUCAAUUAUGGCUUCAACGAAGAAACUUGGCGAGCGUAUUGUGAACGACAAAAGCGAAUGAGAGUUCACGAAUCUGGCAGUGGAUUGAUUCCAAUGAAUCAACAAUCUGGUAUUAGUCUUAUACCGAAUGUUAGCGUUCCUCCACCCAAUCUCGUUAUGCCUCAAAUGGGUAUGAAUAGCGUUGAUCCGAACACUGGAAAUAUAAAUAUUAUCGGAGGUCCCCGAAGGCCUGACUCGUUCGCUAAAGAAAAUACCAUCCAGGUUAUGACAGCUGACCGAAGAGAAUACAGUAAGAAGAACUUUACUCCAGAUUUAUCGGUACCUCCUCCAGUAGUUCCACCUCCAUAUCCUAAUAUGCCUCCAGGAAUACCACCACCAUUCCCUCCAAUGAAUCAAUACGGACCUCCGCCCGGAGACUAUUUUGCUCCAGAAAUGGAUCCUUAUUAUCAUUCUUAUGAUCAUCCUCAAGAUACCAGCUGGGGUGGCCAGCCACCUUGGUCUGGAAAUAUCGUUCCCAUUAGUAACGGUAGCGAUGUACAAGGACGAGGAGGAGUGAAUGGAAACCCCGACAUCAAACCGGGUAUCGACGUUGUACCAGGAGUCAAGAUAAAAACAGAACCCGAAGAAAGAGAAGCAUACGAUCACGAUAGAGCAGAAAGAAGUAGAGAUUACGAUAGAGAACGAGAAAGAGAAUCCAGGCAUCGUGAAAGUAGGUCGCAUAGGCAUAGAUCUCGAAGCAGAAGUCACGAAAGAAGAUCUAGAAAGCAUAAAUCGCGCAGUAGGUCGCCUGGUUAUAGAAGUCAUAAAAAGAAGAAAUCCAAGAAAUCUGAAAGAUCUAAAUCUGAUAGUGAUUGAUGUUAUGUUUAUUUUCUUGAUAUUCGUAUUUUAUAAUAUCGAAUGCUGUGUGUAUCGUGGAUUGAUUGAGUUAUUAUAAAUUAUUUUGUACAAAUCCAGCAAAAAUUAACUUCUAAUAAAGGUGAUACUUUUUAAU